ACAAACUUCAAAAUGAAAUCAAAAAAUAACUCCAAAGUCUAACUCAUAAAGCGAUAAACUGAAAAUGAAUUACUUCUAAAUAUUUUUAAAAACUACUACGUACAAAGGGUGAAACAAAUAAGAGGCAAUUCCAUAAUAAAAUUAUGUGUGAACAUACAUUUUUCUCAAAAGUGAGACAAACGAGUGUACAAAAAGAUGUAUACAAAAAUGUGUAUUUUACUGUGGGUUGAGUGCAAAAACACUAGAUUUCCUUGACCCACCUGCCCCGUGCCACACCGACAAACCAAGGCCAAGCGAUAGAAACAAACAACUCAUGGAGUUUCGAGAGACACCUCACUACUCCUUCCUUGCUGCUCUACUUCAUCCAUCCGUCAGCAAUACCACAAUCAGUCCAGAAAAACUCUCCAGAUCACCAUGCCCAAGAAGCGAAAAGAUGCCAAGAAAAAGAAGGGAUCGAAAGUUAAGGGGGCCUCCUCCCACAUGCCCAGCUCCGCAAAUCAACCCAAAAACACUGGGGAAGAGGAUUUGGGGAAUGAUCACAAUGAAACAGAUAGUGAUGGAGGGGAGGGUUGUUCCCGUGCAUCUCAAGAAGGUAAUAUCAUGGAGGUAGAAGAAGAUAGUAGUUUAUUGGUUGUGCAAUCCAGUGAGGUGUCGCCAAUUAAAGGCGAUGAGCAAUUGGGAGAGGAAGUUUAUGUUCAAGUUGAAAGCUCAUUGAAGAGCUCAAGGAGUAGUAGCAGUUCUAGUUGUGAUGAAGCUGAUGAUGACGGUGAUGGUUGUGCGAACAAAAACAAAAGCAUAGAAGCUAAUUAUCCUCCUGAUGUUGUUUUGGGUAAAGAAGUUGGUUUAGUUGAACAUUGUGAUUCCGAUGUAGCGACUGCGAUGACCAUUGAGACUGAGCUUAUAAAUAGUGUUGAAGAAACGAAGAAGUUGCGUGUAGAUAAUGAUGAUGCUGUUCAAUUUGAAAGUUCAUUGAAGAGGUCAAAGAGUAGUAACAGUUCUGGUUGUGAUGAUGCUGAUGAUGAUGAAGUCAACAAAAACAAUAGCAUAGUAGCUAAUUAUCCUCCUGGCGUUGGUUUGGUUAAAGAAGUUGGCUUAGUUGAACAUUGUGAUUCCGAUGUGGGGGCUGAGAUAACCAUUGAAUCUGAUCUCAUUAAUAAUGCUGAAGAUAAUGAUGAUGGUGUUUCAAUGUCGGAAGUUAUGGCGGAGAUAGGAUCACCAAUAAAUGAGGGGAUUGAAGAAGCUGUCAAAGAUUCUGAUGUGGCGGCUGUGAUAACCAUCGAAUCUGGGCUUAUUAAUAAUGUUGAAGAAAUGAAGAACUUGUGUGUAGAUAAUGAUGAUGGUGCUUCUGUGUCGGAAGUUAUGGCGGAGAUGGGAUCACCAAUUAAGGAGGGGAUUGAAGAAGCUGUCAAAGAUUCUGCAACUCAAGAAAAUGGAGUGCAAUCGAUUCCACCACCAUCACCACCACAUGAUCAUAUUCCCAGCAUUAUAAGUAAUGGGACUGAUGCGGUCAAAAUAUCUGAUGUUCUUCACUUCUCUGAUACUCAGCUUCUGGUGGCGGGUUCAGGUGUACAAGUGCAACCACGAGAGAGAACAUCAUGGAAGACUUGCUGUGGACUGUUUGAGCUAUUCACAGGAUCCAAUAGAUAAUUUCAGGUGGAGUGGAGUCGUGAAGAGCGAUGAUCAUGUAUGCUUUACUUUCAUAUACCAGCCAAAAUAAGAUAAAGAGAGCGAGAGAUGAUUAUACAAACUUUUGUUUACAUAAAAUGCAACCUUGGAGACUUUCCUAAUUUGAAAAUGCAACAUCGAACUAGUCUCUUCUGUAUUGAGGGUACUAACGCACUGAGUCAAUCUUGGAACAUCGUGAGUGUAAGUUUAGCUCGAUUUGGUAAAAGGGGCGUCCGGGUUAGAUUUCAAACUUCGAAGCUUGAUAAGCUUUAUACAUGAGGGCAAUGAGGCUCGGGUUCCAUUUGAGGGCUUGAUAUUUGAUUUACUACUUUCAUAAUCACAUUUAGAUUUAGAAAAUUAUAUACUAAAGAAGUUUAAACUUCUAUGUAUAUGUGUAAUACACUAAUAUAUCCGUAUAUGCGUGAUACGCAGUAUAAUUUAGGAAAAAUUGAUAGUAAUAAUCCCAACUAUUGGCGGUC